AUGGCUUUUCCAAGACCCAAACCUACGACUAUGGAGACGUUGGCUAUGGAACGUGCGAAUCCAUCUUUCAAUAUCAGGAAGAUGUCCGUCGCGAUGCACGGUUCAGAGAGAGCUUUGAUAUUGAAAGAGAAGUUCAUGGCCGAGAUCGCUCGACAUCCAGCCUUCAAACUGUCUGAUAUACAUGAUUUAUCGAAAGAUGAACUGCGAGAAAGGACAAUGGAAAAAUUCGCUUCUAUGGUUUACUUUGUCACCACUGAAUCGCUGGAGACCUUUCAAUUGAGAAUGCAGCUUAUUGGAAUCGCCGAUCCUUCAUUUUGGACUAGAUUUGGUGUUGCGUAUGGUUUAUUCCUAGGUGCAUUGAGGAGUGGUGCUACACCCAAUCAAAUGAGCUACUGGAUUGACAGAGGUGUGCUCGGACUAAAUGGCGUGAUCGGUUGUUUCGCAAUGACAGAGUUGGCCCAUGGAUCGAAUGUAGCAGGAUUGGAAACUACUGCAACGUUCGAUCGUGAUACAGACGAAUUUGUGAUCCACACUCCUCAUCUGGGUGCUACAAAAUGGUGGAUUGGUGGUGCAGCUUCUACAGCUACUCAUGCUGCUGUUUUCGCCCAAAUGAUAGUUGAUGGCAAGAAACACGGGGUCAAGACAUUCGUCACUCAAUUGAGAGAUACGAAAUCUUUCACACUGAUGCCUGGUGUAACAAUCGGUGAUAUCGGGAAAAAGAUGGGAAGGGAUGGUAUAGAUAAUGGCUACAUCCAAUUCACCUAUGUCAGAGUACCAAGAGCUCACAUGCUGAUGAAGCACACUCAAGUAUCCAGAGAUGGUGUAGUGACCGAACCUCCUCUCGCUCAACUGACAUAUGGCGCUUUGUUGGGAGGACGAACAUCCAUGGUCACCGAUUCUUCGAAUUCGGCUAAGAAGGCACUUACCGUAGCUGUCAGAUACGCAGCUGUUCGAAGACAAUUCUCCUCUGGGAAGAAUCAACUAGAAACACAGUUGUUGGACUAUCCCAUCCACCAACGGAGAUUGAUGCCUCUCGUUGCUCAAGCGAUCGCUAUCGGUUUCACAGGAUUGAGACUUCAAGUGAUGUAUGAGGACAUGACACAGGCAUUGGAUAGAAUGGAACCUUCUGAUCCUAAUCUCAAUGAUAUUCUGGACAAGCUUAAGGAGACUCACGCUACCUCUGCUGGACUCAAGGCGUUCUGCACUUGGGCAUGUUUGGAUACUAUCGACAAGUGUCGUCAAUCAUGCGGUGGACAUGGUUACUCAGCAUACUCCAACUUCCCGUUGAUGUAUGCGGACUUUGCUGUACAAUGUACUUGGGAAGGUGACAAUACCAUCCUGUCAUUACAAGCUGGUCGAUCGCUUGUUGGUGCAUGGGGAGGCGCUAUAAAGGGAAAGAAAUUGGCUCCCGGUGUAGCAUACUUGAACGAUUCCUCUCUUUCCUCAGCAAAAUCAGAUUCCUCGUUAUCGUUAUCUGAUAUACAGAGAGCUUGGAACUGCGUCGCAUUCAAUGUUAUCAAGAAGGCUGCAGAAGAAUACGUAGCGCUCUUGAAAUCCGGUAAAUCAAAAGAUGAAGCGAUGGAGAAGUGCUCGCAGUCAAGAUUUAUCGCUGCCAAAGUCCACACAGUAGGAUACAUCUUCCGCUUAUUCAGGGAAGCUAUCGAAGAGAUGAAAGACGAUGAAGAGACGAAAACGCUAAGAACUGUCUGUAAACUGUACGGAUUAUGGCAGAUCGAGGAGCAACAAGGUUAUUUCCUGAAAUAUGGCUACUUCAACGCUCAGCAAAUGGACAAAGUCCAAGAAUCCGUAGAUGCUUUGUGCGCUGAAGUAAGAGGUGUUGCCAUCCCCCUUGUCGACUCAUUCGCACUAUCAGACCAUAUCAUAAAUUCACCUCUGGGUAAAUGGGACGGAUCAGUGUACGAGAGCUAUUUCGCUCAAGUCCAAGCUGCAAACCCGCCACCAAAGGAACACCCGUAUUUCAAUCGAUUGAUCAAACCACUCUUGGAAAGACAGAAUGAAGAUAUGGAAGAUCCUGAAAGUGCGAUGGGAUUGAACGAAGAACUGAAAGAGAUUGAAGACGAGAGAAAAGGUGAACAGUAA